UUCCCAGGCGGAGGAUGACAUGUGAGGAAGCACUCGCACACCCCUGGAUGGCAUUUGACUCUGGAGCUGUUGCCACCAACAAGAGCCUGUCCAAGGAGAAGAUGAAGAGGUUUCUAGCCAGGCAGAAGUGGAAGAAAGCAGGGAAGGCCUUGUUAGCCCUGAAGAGAAUGGCUCUGCUGUCUAAAGGUGACAGCUCUGUCUCGCCUACCAGCCCUGGAGAAGAUUCACCCCUGAGCCCAGAGGCGGAGCACGCCCUGCAGUCUCUGGAGCGCAAGAUGCAGGUGCCACCCCAGUUCACCCAGAGCCUGGAGGACCUUACAGUAGUUCAGGGAUCAUGUGCCCGUCUCUCCUGUCACCUCACAGGGUACCCAGACCCAGAGGUGGUGUGGCUGUGUGGUAAAGAGCAUGUGGAGGAGUCACCCUCGAAGCAGAUCGAGUAUGAUGAAGAUGGCCGCUGCACAUUGGUCUUAGACAAAGUGGGCCCAGAGGAGAGCGGUGUGUACACCUGCAAAGCCACCAAUGACCAAGGGGAGGCGUUCUGCUCAGCCAAACUUAUUGUAAAGAAGGAGAGACAAAAUGUAUAAACACAACAUUUUCAAGAGUGCCUUCAACUGUUUUGUUGUAGAAUAUUGUAUAAAAAGUCAGGACCAAACUGUACAUCCUGUACUAUGGCUGGAAAUAUAUGAUAUUUGUAUUAUUGUACAAAAUGUAUGAAUAUUGUUACAGAGCUACAGGCAUAUAUGAAAGUUGGUAUUUCUUAAUUAGACUUGGGUGAGGACUGUCUUAUAGCUUACUUUGCCUCAUGGGUAAAUAUUUGUAAGAUUUUAUUUCAACUGGCGGUAUGAAUACAAAUAAAUAUCCUUUGUCAAAAGCAAACGGGUCUGAAAUCGCAGUAAAAUCUGACUUCUGAUCUACUUUAAGGUAAAAUGUUGACCACAAUAGACUGUGUAGGGGCUAACUGUUAGCAUGUGCUACAUGCUAUGAAAAGAAACACUUGAGCAAUUGUACUUUAUAAAUGCUUUGUUAUAAUUUUUCCAGAGCACUAACGCAAACUUUUAGUGGAAUAUCAAAAUUAAACCACUGCAUUAAAAUGGAA